AUGCGCCCUUUUUUUUUUUGCAUUCCCGAUUUUUUGCAUCACUUUUUGAUUGGCUGUGUGUAUUUCGGGUGCUUUGCUGCACUGUGGGUAGUGUGUCUUAAUUCCUUCUGUCCCUGCUGUUCUGAUUGUGAAAACACGCUGUGGGUCAGGGUGCAUGGCUCCGUGGUUGCGGCACUAUUUGUUGUGUUUGCGUUGGGGCAGCCCCGACAAGACUGCCAACGUGUGGCUCUUGGGUGUCUCGUUGGGCUCAUUUUCGUCUCCUGCGCGAUGGACUCCCGUCUUCGGCGCACCCUUUCGUGCAGUGGCGUCAGCGCAAAAAGGUGGCAGUUUUGUUGUUGUUGCAGCUUCAGCUGUUCGGUUUUUCCCUCUGGUAUUGUGAGGUGCAGGUGUCGGAGGUGGCGGCAAUGUGCCGAAGAUAAGGAAGGAGGAGGAUGGUGCGUGCGUACGUGCGUGCGGGAGGGCCCUGCGGUGUUGGGGCGGUGCGCACUGUUUGCGGGCUUGAUGCGCCCCUUUGGUGCAUGGCGUGUCUUGGUGUGUCCCUCUUGCCGUGUGUGGUGCCAGCCGGCUCUUCACGAUUGUGGCAAUGGCGUGUUGACAGCUGUGUUUGGGUUGGCGUUGGCGGUCCCACCCUCUGGGGCUACGAGGGCGUAUGCGUCACAAUGA